GCAGAGGUUUCUCUCGGCGAAGUAAACAAGCCGAGUUCGUCAAAUACAAGAGACGCGGACGACUUCGUACAUGCGAAAAGACUUGACAGAAAGAAACCUGUGCUAGCACGGUAAGGAUGCAGUGUCCUACAUCGACCGUAAGCGACAACAGCGACCUUGAAGAAGAUAACAGACAAAUCCAAGGAGAGAGCCAUCAACAGAAAGUUUUAACUACAGAAAGAGAACAACGAGAUCGUUCUUCUAGGCAACAUCCCAGCCCUAUACAACAGCCUAACAAGAACGACGGUUAUGUUACUGUUCGGCAAGAUAAGACGCCAAAUUCCUCUAAAAUAUCGGAUGCAAAUAAUGAGGAGAAAAACCCAGCGUCUCAGGAAUUAUCAGAUGAUGAUAUUCAGAAAAUUUCAGAUGAUCGGCAAUCAGACCCAGAGAGCAUGAUUAUUGAGAGAAACACAACUGAAAGUGCUGCAAGAGCAACAGUGACAUCUAACGAGCUGCAACAAAAAGCACUUGAGACACAAGAUCUUAUAGUGUCAGGCUCUAAGAUGAUAAAGAGCAAAAAGUAUGCUCAAGGUAAAAAGGAUGGAGGUAGGACUUUGUUUAGAAAGAGAAAGAAUGAUACACCACAAGAACAAACACUGGGGGAUCGAAAAGGCAAGAAAAAUCAAAAGAAAGAAAGAAAGGAGAGAAGUAGUGCGGAGCUGGAAGCCUUGACAACACAGCCACCACCAAGCCUCCAACAGGUUAAACCAGAAGCUGGGGUGACUGUGGUUUUCCACGUUCUGCUUGCUUCAAAUUUCAACAUGACGGAGGAAAGCUUUUUUAUACGGGCCCAUGAUGUGGAUUUGGGUGACUUUGAAAUGACUGCAGUAGAAGUUCUUGAAGGUCAAAGCGAAGACGAACUGACGUUUUUUCGGGGUCAGUUCACAAUAAGUCUUGAUCGGGCUCGCCAAGGAACUCUCUACAAAUACGUGGUGGUCAAGGAAGGAAACGUUCAUUGGGAACAGUUACCCGAAUUUCCACCAGAGUGCGACAGCGACAGUAUUGUCAACCGGUUUCUUAAAAUCCCUGACAAGUAUGUCAAACCUGGUGCCUCGUGGAAUCAGUUUGACGGUGUAGCGUACGUUUACGGCGACAAAGACAUGUUUUCCAGAAUGUGGCCUUGCCUCUCGAAAGAUAAAAUGGUUGAGUAUCGCGUGAAGGCGUUGCUAUGUUUCCUACCAAAGUGGAGUGGUUUUUUUGUAAACGAGACAACUGAAAACAUGGAUGCCAAAGAGGCGAUAGUGAAACUUGACAAUGUUGUGAAAUGCCUGCAUAACGUUUGGAUAGAAGAACGCGGCCGCCAUCGACGAAGGCAACCCAUUGAUUUUGAUGUCCAAAAGGCGUUAACUGUUGUUUUGGAACCAAAGAUGAAGAAGAACAGAGCCAUAUUGACCGAAUGUAAGGUGGGAUCAAUUGAGCACGUGUCUGCAGUAGUUUCUUCGCUCGCCAUCACAUUGCUGGUAAAAAAGUACACGAUAGAAUUGGAAAGCGAGAAGGUAAAAUUGUUGCUGAACUGCUUAUCACUUGAAGCUGAUCCGACCGUGAAGAGGUGUUCUGCUUAUGAAGCUGUGCUGGCCGAAUUUAGCACCGAGUUAAAAGAUUCAGUGUUAUGUUUGAUUAGCUUCGCCGCCAGUGCAAUUGAAAGCCUUUGUAACCAGUUGAUGAAGGACGCUUGGACAUCCAAUCCUGAAUGGAUUUUGGCUGUACCACUUUUGCAUUUCUUACGAGGGGACUCAAAACCCUUUGAGGAGCCUGACAUCCAAGGAUGUCCUGAAACCCUGGCUUGGUGGGGAGCACAGAGGCUCAAUAUAAGAAAGUUUCAACGAUUUGACCAACAGCCUGAGAAUUUUUCGGAAGUUUGGUCUCGUCUGGCGUCAGCCUUUGAUGUUGACCGCUUGUUGAAAAGAACGUGUCUAUAUGCUUUUCCUGUUUGGCGGUUACCGUCAACAGGAAUGUUCCACAUCUCAGAUCUAUGCGUUGCUUUGGUAGAGUUCUUUCCUCGUGGUUUUGGGGACAAGGAAGAGAAGAGUAGUUUCAAACGGCGUCUCGAAGACAUGAUCAACAUGUUGGACAACGGGAAGGAAACAAACAGUUCCCAAACUAAGGCCGGAGAGUUUACUGUUACUGCAAGUUUGAAGUUGGCCGAGGUUUGCCUGGAGAAUCUUUCUUUUCGAGAUGACAUUGAUCUGAUUUGCCUCGCAAUCAGACUGCUAUUCUCAAGCAUUCAUCAAUGGCAAAGUGGUCCAGUAGACUGUGAAACUGAUGACAAGGUAAACAAGACUGAUGCCUACCUGAGGGAAGACUGCGUACGUAAAAUUUCGAAAAAGGUCGUCAGCAAGCUCAGAGGGGUGCCUGAAUCCAAUAUGGAACUGCAGGUACAGAUUAUAUUAUAGUUAAGCAGUGAUAACUAAAUGAUUGUAAGUGGAGUGGGUUGACAAUGAGCCUAUUUGUUCAAAACCAGAUUAAGCCAGUCUAGAGCUAUUUUAAAUGUUAAACUCAGUAAUUGACGUUGUUAAGUUCGUUGCGAGUUCCCUCAUUUUAUAUUAUCGUCAUUGUCAUCGUUGGUUAUUUUGUAAUACCAAAUUAUUAAUUACAAAUCGGUACCAAGUUAGUAAUAGAAACCGAUCGCUUUUACGCAUGAAGUACAAAAAGGAAUUUUUCAAAAUACUGGGCGGACAAUUUUGUUUAAACAACCAGACCGCCAUUGAUGAUCUCUCCGAAGUAACAUUGUUUUGCUUAUUUGCUUUUAAUAUUAAAAGUUGCACCGGAUGGAUUAUGACGAGUGAUGGUCUGAUCGUUGACUUUUCUUUUUGCUCCUGCAGGGUUUUGGCAAAACCCAAGGAGACAUUAAUAGUACCACUGCAUAUAAAGAAGUAAUAGUACAUUGGUAAUGUCUGUAGUAUGCGAAUUGAUAUCCCGAAUUGAAGAAGCUAGGCGCGCACGGUGGAAAGGGUUAAUGCAUGAAUAAGUAUGUCGUAAUUUAUGCGUCCUUAGUCAGUUGUAUCAUGUAACGCGACGGUUAGUAUCUCUUUAGCAUGAAAGCGUUUCUUCUUCAAAUGUUCUUCUCGUGCUGUUAAAGAUCUGUUAAAACAUGGUGGCAGCGUGUGGUUAACUCUGAGCAUCGUCGACAACGUAACAACCGUCUACGAUGUCAGGGGAAGAAGAAAAUUCUGGUUCGAGCGUCGGUGCAACUGCUCAGCCUCAAACGUCGCAAUCGACAAUGUCUCACCAGAUUUUACCGCCUCAGUAUUUGGAUUUGAAGACUACAGAGAAAUCGCUGAGAACUGGAAGUUGUGGAAAGAGAAGUACAAUAAUUAUUUUGUCAUUUCUCGAUUGGACCGGGAAAGCCCCGAAUAUCAGCUCGCUGUGUUUAAGAGGCCCUG